UUAAAGUGAAUGCUGGACCAUAGGAUGGAGACGGAAAGUUGUUUGUCUUUCUCUUCACCGGCAAACAGGACAACGCCGGCAAACUCACCGGGUUUAGAGCACGCUUCGGGCUCAUUUCUUCCCUGUGAUGCACUACAGAAAACAUCGCAACAUCUUCAGCACCGUCUCAGUCUGCGGGGUGAUUUCUACAACUCCUCCAUGGGAAGGUUUAAUGACACUCCCGCGGACUUUACGCACGGCACAGGCUCAACGAACCCUCGCUCCUCACCCUCCAAACACACUAAGUACUUGGAUGAUAUUAACCAGGACCAAAAAGGUUUAUCGAUAUCCGGAAAGGGCUCGUUUUAUGACAAUAAUUCAGAAGCUACAGAAAAAUCAGCCUCCAAACCGAUGGCCUAUUCUGUGAUUGGCUCCGACUGCUGCAUCAAGCUGAAGGAGCAAGCCAAUGGUCUACCAGGGGACUCCAUUGCUGACUCCAUCGACCUAUCAGGCAAGAACAAGAAGCGUCGUAACCGCACCACCUUCAGUACCUUUCAGCUGGAGGAGUUGGAGAAGGUGUUCCAGAAGACCCACUACCCUGAUGUUUACGCCCGGGAGCAGCUGGCCCUUAGGACAGAGCUGACAGAGGCCAGAGUACAGGUGUGGUUCCAGAAUCGCAGAGCCAAGUGGAGGAAACGCGAGCGCUACGGGAAGAUCCAGGAGGUGCGCAAUCACUUUGCAGCUUCAUACGAUCUCUCUCUCCUCCCUCGCCAUGACACGUACCAGAUGCAGAGCAACUUGUGGCCGGGGGCGGGGGCAGGAAGUGGUGGAGGGGCCGGCGGGGGUUGCGUCCUGGGAGCCGCUGAUGCCAUGCCGUCCUCUUGCAUGAGCCCCUACAUGAACUCCCACCCCCACAGCAACCUCCCUGGCUUCAUGGGCAUGCCUACGUCUCCCAGCCACCCUCACCCUCACCACCACCACCACCCACCUCACCACCCAGGAAUAAACAGCCUCUACUCCCUGCAUAGCUUCCCAGGAGGCCUGGGGGCGCACUCCUUUGAGCCUGGGCCAGAGACAGAGUACAAGCCUUCAGGUCUGGUAGCCCUUAGAAUGAAAGCCAAGGAUCCCGGCAGUCUUCUCUCCUGGCCCACAUGACCACCACAGUGCCAGCUCCAUUACAUGCACUGACUGAGCCACAUAAGCAUCUUCACUUUUAUAAACCAUCCUAAACCAUAUACAGUCGUACAAUCGCAGUAUCCCUCUAAGAUACCGGUCCCCCUUCAUGCAACACUGCAGUGUUGUCAUGUCAAGGCAGUUCCUUCAGUAGGAAAAAGGGCUGAAGUAUGAUAGACUGAUGUGAGGCCCUGCAAAAGCCUCGCUAAUCGUCACCGUGAAAGCAAAGAGACCAAAGAACAACAAAAUAUGUUAUUUAAAUGUGUAAAAAUGUGUAAAUGUGUAAUCAAUAUAUGCGUUAUGUUAUACUUAAA